CAGGAAGUGAAUAGCGAGUGUAAAUAGAAGCAGCAGUGUUUCUUUCGCGUGUGUAGCCGCGUCACCCGGUCUUGAAGCUGUUUGCAGUUUCGUAGAGAUAGCCUACGAGCGGGAGACAUAUAGAAGUGUGUGUCCUGUGCCGUGUGUGCGAAAAAGACGCGUUUCCAUGACCAUGAAGCCGAAUUAUGCCUGUGUUCACUGCGGCGAGACGCAGCAGCAACUGUACAAGAGCUACGGUCCCGACCUGCUGAAGUUGUCGAGAUGUUCUCACUGCAAUCGUAUAGCUGACGAGUACAUCGAGAUGGAGUUUUCAAUAGUCCUGAUCGACGCAGUGCUGCAAAAACUGGAGGCAUACAGGCACAUCAUCUUCAACGUAGGAAUGGGUAGGCCCUGGAAGAUUGCCUUGCUAUUCUUGCUCGGCGAAGCCCUGGAGCACUGGAUGUCAAGACAGCAGACCCACAAGGCGGGCUACGACCUGGAGUGGCACUUCUACAUCAUCUGCCUCUUUCUGGUUGCCAGUAAUGCAGUCUUCAUUGCAGCCGUCAUCCUGCUCACUAGGAUUUCUGCGCGCUGCCUCUGUGACUGGACGUUGUUGGCACGGGCGGUGAUACUGGGUAGCUACGGCAAGCUGCUCGCUCUCCCAGCCAACCUGUGGGGCUGCGACCGUUUUCAGUCACAGCUCUUCCUCGCAACCUUCUUCCUCUUCUCCCAGGUGCAAGCCUGUCGAGCCAUUACCGGGAUGGGACGCUUGCAGACAGCAGCCAUCGUGUUUGCUUCCUACAGUCUUCAGCAGAGCUUGGGCAUCUGGAUGUCGCCCUUCCUGUGACAGCGGAACGUUCAAAUGUUGGCGAGCCAUUCAAUGGAUGCUCAAAGGCGGCAUAGAUACUGACCACUGUUACAGCCCUCGGAGCCCUCCAACAUCAAUGACGAAGUAGAGAGACUUGGAGUGUUCUUUUCAGAUGUUUUGUUGACUCCUCGAGAAUUUUAGUGGCUAGCGCAUCGUUUCAAAUACAGCGGACUGUUAAUUUAUGUCGUAGUAUUUCUGCUUCCUUUUUUCUGUCACUCCAUCUACUGGUUGCCUCAAAAUUAUGAGCCCUUAAAUGAAAAUAAAUAGAAACCACUUGUAGUAUGAAGUGCACAGAACGAAACACAACAAUGCCGGACUGAGUAUGGCGGCGAUUUUGCUACACUCUCGCAUAGUCCGUAUUAUUUUAUGGCCGAGCUGACAGAGUUCACCGCAUGUAAAGUGAACACCUUGUUAGCAUUCAAACCAGUAAAGUUACAAACACUUGUGCUUCCUCACGGUGGCGAUGUCCGUUAUGUGACAUUUAAUCAUGGUGUUGACAAACGCAAUGUUUUUUUCAAAGUAUGCAUUGAAUAUCAGCUUCUAUGAGGUCUUGAAUACUAAUUAAUAGGGAUAUCUUAAACUCUAAGCAAAUUCAUAGCAAAUAGUGAUUUCUGCGAAUAAUUUGAAAUUGAAUCGCUCAAGUAAUAUAUAUCACGUAUUGCAAAGAAAAAUGAGCAGAUUUGUCAUGACCGGAUCAACCUGUUCAACGGUUUUAUGAUGUAAAAGCAACUUUGAAUAGUAGCAGGAUUUGAAUUCCAGUUGGAUGCAAGUUAUGACAGGUAAAAUUAGUUAAGUUCUAAAAUUCACUAAAUUUAGUGUACAGAAGCCCAUAUAACAAGCUUUUAAACUUGAAAAAUGAUCAAUGUAAGGGUAAUAUGUUCAUUUAAUCUAAAAGUAAGACUUGGCGAAAAAGCGUUUUUUUUUUUUUUAUAAGUGUUUCCACAGCAUUACAUUCCUACACUGCAGUGAAACCACUUUACAGGGGGUUUACUUGCGAUUUAAUAUACGCGUAUUUCGUGGUUGAGAAUCACUUAAAUUCGUGUCAAAGCGAAUCACAAUACUGCAAUAUUCGCUCCAAUACUCGAAGAGGUCAAAUAUUCGCACAGAUCAACUGAUAAAGAGCUCGUCUUAGAUGUCGACGAAGCUGUACACAUCUUUCAUGCCAGCGCACCACUCGACCAUGUUGUUGUGUGACAUAGCUCCCCGUUGUUUCGGCAGAGAGUUUGUUUCAGUGGAAUACAACUUUAUCGAAAAACACGGCUUCAGAAGCUUUCCCAUCGACGAGGUGGGAUACAAUACGCGACCUUAGCACACGUGUGUGCUUGAUGGCAAUGCAGAAUGUUGCUGAAAGGAUGAAAACUGGGCGAGUUUGAGGAAAUGCAUUAUGAAAAGUUUUCAGCAUGCACACACCCAAUAAAAUCGCAAAGGAAGAAGCGUUUUGCAAGUCUUCUUUCUUCGCAUAUCUCGCUUGUGUACUACCUUGAAACUUUCUGCAGUUUUGCUAUUUGCAAGGUCUUAAGGCCCAACCACAUGCAUGCAAUUGUCUAGCUAAACAACAGCCACAAGCGUCAGAAUUUGCUGUCGUGGAGGCCCAUAUGUCGCCAUUGUGCAUUUUUUCAAAACAAGAAACGAUCUCUUGUUGCCCGGAAGCCAGCAUGAUUUCCAGCAACAAAGCUGCACUCCUGAUCCGCAUUUCAAUUUCAAUUCGCUCUCGUUGCUUGUUUUCCGUGAAUACUUCAAGGAAUGCAAAGUAUUGAGCACCUUCCUUACGUUUGCAUGUCAUGCGGAGAGUGAGACAGCGGCCGUGUGUUGUCGUCAAUCUUGUUAUCGAUGGAUUGUUUCGGUGGUGACUCGUGACAAUUAUGGUAGCUUGCUGCAAUGUGAAAUUGUCAUGCGAAGCGCAUCAUAGCGUGUGCUUCCGGUAACGCCGUUGUGGUUAAACCAAAAA